CCGGGGAGGAAAAAAAAGAACGAACGAGCGAGCGAGAGAGAGAAAGGCGCUCUCCUCCUUUAAAAAAAAAAAAAAGUCAGCGCGAAGACUACGCCUCCCGGCGUGCCCCGCGCGGGCCGCGCGUGCGCGGUGUUAAAGUGGCCCCUGCGGGGUGAGGGCGGGGGAGAGGCGGCCAUCUUGUGCGAGAAGCGACCGGAGGCGCCAGGCAGGAAGCCCUGAAGGAGGCCGGAGGAAGGAAGAAAGGAAGGAAAGAAGGCAGGAAAGAAAGCAGGAAGGAAGGCAGGGAGAAGAAGCCGCGAGCAGAGCCGCCCGCCCGCCGCGGAGGAGCCGCCGCCGCCGCCGCCAUGAACCCCGAGUAUGAUUACCUGUUCAAGCUGCUUCUGAUUGGAGAUUCCGGUGUGGGGAAAUCCUGCUUGUUGCUACGGUUUGCCGAUGACACCUACACAGAGAGCUACAUCAGCACCAUCGGGGUAGACUUCAAGAUCCGAACUAUUGAACUGGAUGGCAAAACCAUUAAGCUGCAGAUUUGGGACACAGCUGGGCAGGAACGGUUCCGGACCAUCACGUCCAGCUACUACCGAGGGGCCCACGGCAUCAUCGUGGUUUACGACGUAACGGAUCAGGAAUCAUACAACAACGUCAAGCAGUGGCUGCAGGAGAUUGAGCGCUACGCCAGCGAGAACGUCAACAAGCUGCUCGUCGGCAACAAGUGCGACUUAACCACAAAGAAAGUGGUGGACUACACAACCGCCAAGGAGUUUGCCGAUUCACUCAGCAUCCCCUUCCUGGAGACGAGCGCCAAGAACGCCACCAACGUGGAGCAGUCCUUCAUGACGAUGGCGGCCGAGAUCAAGAAGCGGAUGGGCCCCGGGGCCACGGCCGGCGGGGACCGGCCCAACUUGAAAAUCGACAGCACUCCGGUGAAACAAGGAGGCGGUGGCUGUUGCUGAACGGGACACGAUGGCUUUGUGGGGAGGGGGGAGGAAAGGAGGGCUGGGGGGGCGCCUGGGACAGGCGGGGCAGCGGGGUCCUGCCCCCUCCCCACCGUCCAGCCCCCUCCCCCUCCUCUUCCUGGUUGUUUUUUUUUUUUUUUUUUUCAUUCUCUGAAGGGGGCUUUCCGGAUGAUACCUCCGUGCUGGAGGGGACGGGGCCUUCCUCCCUUCCAGCGCAGCUGCUACUCCGAGUUGGGGGUCUUGAGCUGUUUGUCCCCCCCCCUUCCCCUUUUAACUCUGGACAGGGAGGCGGGAGAGGCUGGUGGUCUCUCACCAGGCCAGGCUUUCCCUGCCCCUGGUUUUUUGGGGUGGGGGAACACAUCUCUGAUGGAUAGGGGAGACGGGGGGGGGCGCUCCCACUCCCUUUGGCGGGAUCUGGGCGGCAUUUUCUUUUACUGUAAGGGGGGGUCUCGGCUCCCUGCCUCCCCCUCUUCUCUCCCCAGCUCAGAUCUCUCUACUGCUGUUUGGUAGCCCAAGGUCGAGUGUUCCCAUCUCCGCCCUUCGGUCUGCCUGCUUCCUCCCCUCUUCCUCCUCUUCCUCCUCCUCCCCCUUUAAGUAGGAGGCCCCUCCCCAUCAAGGCUGUUGAGGCUGUUUCCCAUCCACCCCUUCCUUCCUUCCUUCCUUCCUUCCUUCCUUCCUUCCUUCCUUCCUUCCUUCCUUCCUUCCUUCCUUCCUUCCUUCCUUCGUGUUUCCUUUUUAUUCCACCCGGAUUUCUUUUUUUUUCCCAAGUGUCACGUCAUUCCUUCCCUGGCCCUUCCUGAAGCACCACCACCACCACCACCACUACUCCUCCUCCUCCUCCUUCCUCUUCUUUCUUCCUUUUUCUCCUCUCUUCUCAUCCUUCCUCUUCCCUCCUUCUUUCUUCUUUUCUUCUUCCUCCUCCUCCU